AUGGCGACCCUCGAAUAUACCCAAGUGGAAUUGCUCACUCUCAAUGGCCCCGAGUUUCGGCGGGUGUCAACUGCACCCCCGCGCCCGCCCACUGACAACGAGAUCCCUGUCAUUGACUUAUCGCUCAUCGAUGGAACACUCGACGAGAGAAAAGCGAUUGCCUCUAAAAUUAGGGCAGCCGCAGAGAACACUGGGUUUUUCUAUAUCGAGAACCAUGGAAUUCCAGAAGAGCUAAUCCAAAGUGCUUUGUCUCAGGCCCAGGCCUUUUUCGGCCAGCCCGACGAACUGAAAGAACAAGCCUCGAGUAAAAAAUCGAAGCUCUCGGAUGGAUGGCAUGGACUUGGAACGACUCAAAUUAAUAGGUCCGAAACACUAGACCGCAAAGAGACAUUUUCCAUCCGUUACAAUCCCAUCAAUGACCCGACAAUCGCUGAGCCUGAAAAGCUUCUUGCGGAUGGGAAAUUCUCCGAUGGCGACAAUGUCGACUUCCCGUGGAGUGGAACAAACCAUCUCCCUGGCUUCCGCGACACAACUGUCGAAUUUUAUCAGCAGCGACUCACGCUCGCACGUAAGAUGAUCCGCCUUUUCGCACUCGCGUUAGAUAUGCCGGAAGACUACUUCGACUCGGUGACUACAACUCCCGGUGCAGAUGGUCUUUACGUACACUAUCCUGCUACACCGGCCCAGGAACUAGAAGAAAACCACGGGAAUCUCGAUGUUGGUAUCGGCUCGCAUACUGACAUCCAAUGUAUUACUCUGCUAUGGCAGGAUAUGUCAGGAGGCUUGCAGGUCCUGUCUGCUAGCGAUGAAUGGCUGGAUGCUCGACCUAUUAGUGGAACGCUGGUUGUCAAUAUUGGAGAUUUCUUGCAGCGUCUAUCAAACAACAAGUUCAAGUCGACUGUGCAUAGGGUCUAUAACCGCCAACCUACAUCCAGAUACUCUAUGCCUUUCUUCUUAGGGUUCAAUGCGGAUUCAAUUUGCAAAGUUGUGCCCUCGUGCAUUGAUGCAGACCAUCCUGCACUUUAUGAGCCUAUUUCCUGCGGACAGUGGCACCGAAGAAGACUUGAGCUUGCUCGAGUGAAAGCAACCAGCACUUAA